CAUAAAUUGCAUUCUUCGCCCUUCUCUCAUUUCUGCACCACAUGCAAAGAGAACUUAAUAAAGAAACAAAACAACGCCACGAUCUCAGCUCCAACACUUCCCUUCCUCUUCUGUCUUCUCUUUGGAUUAACAGGAACAGCAGACAUAUAUAUAUAUAUAUAGUAAUUUGAAAGGAAUUUUGAAUAUGGGAAAUACGUUCGGUUGUAUAUAUCCUGAUGAUCGAAAAGCGUCCCCGAGGAGAGCUUCAAGGUAUCCUCCGCCACGCCCUCUACCCUCCCGCCCCGCCACUUCCUCCUCCGCCGCCUUCACACCUUCGUUUAAUGCAAGGCCGAGCUUUUUGUCUUCGUUUACUUCUUCUUCCUCGAGGAAGGAGAGGGACAAGAGGAGAGCAUCAUCAGCAGGGAGUCUUGACCUUGACCAACAUGAGUCUGCUGUCAUCCAAGAACAAGCUAUUGCCGCUGCGUUGCUGUUCCGGCAUCAUCAGAGCAACAACUCUCUUCCUUUUAUCCGAUCAACUUCGGUCGUUCAUCCCUCGCCGGGUUCGAAGAAGCAUCGUUUUCCGAGGAGUUCAAGCACUAGGCAACCUUCACCAUCCGAUCCUACGUUAAGGCCUCAACAACUUGUCAACAGCCAGCAGGGAGUCAAGAUUCAUGGUCUUGAAACCAACCAUCUUGUGCUUGUCCAUGGAGGUGGUUUUGGUGCUUGGUGUUGGUACAAAACAAUGACACUUUUGGAGGAAAGUGGGUUCAAAGUCGAUGCUGUUGACUUGACUGGUUCUGGAGUUAGUUCUUUUGAUACAAACAGCAUCACUUCUUUGGCACAGUAUGUAAAGCCACUCACUGAUAUCUUUGACAAGCUAGAAGAUGGGAAGAAGGUCCUUUUGGUGGGACAUGAUUUUGGUGGUGCUUGUAUCUCCUUUGUGAUGGAGUUGUAUCCAUCUAAGAUUGCAAAAGCUAUUUUUGUUGCUGCAGCAAUGUUGACUAGUGGCCAGAGUACCCUGGAUAUGUUCUCCCAACAGACGGGCUCGAAUGAUCUGAUGCGACAGGCUCAGAUAUUUUUGUAUGCCAACGGUAAUAACAACCCUCCAACUGCUGUUGAUCUCGACAAAACAUCAUUGAGAGACUUGUUCUUCAAUCAAAGUUCAGCUAAGGAUGUUGCCCUGGCAUCAGUAUCAAUGAGACCAAUCCCUUUCGCGCCGGUUUUAGAGAAGCUUUCACUUUCUGAUAUGAACUAUGGCUCCAUCCGACGCUUCUAUGUAAAAACUCAGGAAGAUCGUGCCAUUGCUAUCCCUUUACAGGAAGCCAUGAUAAAAUCCAAUCCACCAGAACAAGUCUUCCAGCUUAAGGGUUCUGAUCAUGCCCCUUUCUUCUCAAGGCCUCAAGGUUUGCACAAGAUACUUAUAGAAAUAGCACAGCUUCCAGCAAAGCAGGCCUGCAGCAGUGCACCUGAGCUGAGGCAUCUUUUGGAAUAUGGCACAUUCUGAUCCUGCAUCUGCUGCAUUUUGUGACACUGCAAGCAGAAACAAUUAAAUUAUUCAUAACCAUGUGCAUGCCUAUGCUGUUGUAUUCCUAUCUGUAAUGUACAAAUUCUAUCAAUCAAGGAUUUUUACUUGUAUUUCUGUCUUAUAGGUACCAAUCAGGGCAAUGUAAAUGAUUUACUACA